GACAGCGUACAAUAGUUUUGUAGAAUUUAGGUAAUGUAAUAUUAAUAGAGCGUUCAACUUCAGUGUGUAUUGAGCUCGGAAAGCGAAACAACAAUGGACCUCCGUGAGUCGAUCAGCAACCAAACCGACGUUGCUCUGAGCAUCACAAAGCCCUUAUUGUCGAAAGAAGGUCGUGAGAAGAACGUGGUGUUUUCGCCGCUGUCGUUGCACGUUGUUCUUAGCAUCAUCGCCGCUGGUUCCAAGGGCCACACACUCGAUCAGCUUCUCUCCUUCCUCCGAUCCAAAUCCAACGAUCAUCUCAACUCCUUCGCCUCUCAGCUCGUCGCCGUCGUCCUCUCCGACGCCGCUCCCGCCGGCGGGCCCCGUCUCUCCUUCGCCAACGGCGUGUGGGUUGAGCAAUCCCUCUCUCCUCUCCCUUCCUUCAAACAACUUGUCACUACCGAUUACAAGGCCACUUUGGCUUCGGUUGAUUUCCAGACCAAGGCUGUUGAAGUGGCCAAUGAAGUAAAUUCAUGGGCUGAAAAAGAGACAAAUGGCCUUGUUAAAGAGCUUCUUCCUCCUGGAUCAGUCGACAAUUCAACCAGGCUCAUCUUUGCAAAUGCACUGUACUUCAAAGGAGCGUGGAAUGAGAAGUUUGAUCCUUCAACUACGGAAGACAAUGAUUUUCACCUUCUUGACGAUAGUACAGUCAAGGUUCCCUUCAUGACGAGCAACAAGAAGCAGUUUAUUAGGGCUUUUGAUGGUUUCAAAGUCCUUGGUCUUCCCUACAAGCAAGGCGAAGAUAAGCGUCAGUUCACCAUGUACAUUUUCCUCCCAGAUGCAAAAGAUGGGCUAUCGGCUUUGGCCGAGAAAUUUGCUUCUGAAUCUGGGUUCUUGGAGCGCAAGCUUCCUAAUCAAAAAGUGGAAGUAGACGAAUUCAGGAUCCCAAGAUUCAAAAUUUCUUUUGGGUUUGAGGCCUCUAAUGUGCUGAAGGAGCUGGGAGUGGUUUUGCCUUUCACUGUUGGAGGUUUGACCGAAAUGGUGGAUUCUUCUGUGGGUCAAAACCUAUGUGUUUCUGAUAUAUUUCAUAAGUCCUUUAUUGAAGUAAAUGAAGAAGGCACUGAAGCUGCAGCGGCCACAGCUGCAACUAUACUAUUGAGGAGUGUGCAAUUUCCAACUAAAAUAGACUUCGUAGCAGACCACCCUUUCUUGUUCCUGAUCAGAGAAGAUUUAACUGGAACGGUGCUCUUCAUCGGGCAGGUGCUGAAUCCUCAUGCUGAAUGAUAUUAGUGGCUAUACAGUGAACAACAUUGGUAGAAAAAGUUGCGCCCUUAUUUUCUUGUCUUGAUUUACUUGUGACGGAUGAUCCUAGAUUUGUGACGGUUUGAGUUAGGAAAAAAAAAGGUACAUAUGGAUCACUGUUUUAUAUUUGUUAUUGCGAGUAGUUAUUAGUUACCUAUAUGUGUAAGGGCCUGUGUAACUAAGUGAAUAGCCAAAUGUUCCUGCUUUGUUGGGACAGUAAAAUUGUAAUGAAGUUAUUGGUGUGAUUGGGAUAAUAAAGAGUUUAUUCAAAAUA